AGAGAGAGAGAGAGAAGAGGGCCCUUUGGAGGAGGAAACACCGCAAGGAACGCCAUCACAAAUAAGGAGGACAAAUCGGGGGGAUAUUGAUCGUGUCGGAGUUGGAGGUGGGGGGGGAUCCAGCCGAAAAAGACGACCGCAGUGAGUUUGGAGUUGUUUCGGGUUUGAUUUGAUGCAGCGAUGAAUGAAAAGGAGCCGGAUGACGACGGAAGCAUGAGAAUAUCACACAUGUAGCUGGUUUUGGGUUGUAAAUAUUAUUUUCCUUUCCUCCUGUCCUGCUGCAACCCUCUCACCCGCCACCCCGCUUCACUUCACCCCCCCCAUCCACCCACCCCCCCCGACGAAGACAGCCGUCGGGGAGACAGAGAGAUAGAUAAGUGUACUACCUAUGGAAAUGUUUAUCAUGAAAGGAGACGUGGAAACGAGCCGCGCCACAGCACGGGCGAGGUUUUCGGACACGCCGAUUUCGGCUCCUUGUCACGGGCAGCAGUGAGACGCAAGACCCGGGCUUUUGGAGAUGCAAAUUAGGCUGAUUAUUCUGCCUCCGUUUGAGGUGAAACCACGAUUUUUGGCGUCUUAACGGAGCGUUGUGGAUUACAGUUGUUUGUUACACAGUUGACUGUGUGGGGGGAAAGGGAGCAUAGAGAGAAAGAGAGAGAGUGUGUGUGUGUGUGUAUGUAUGUGUGUAUGUGGGGGGGAAACAAAACAAAAACUGUACUGCAUGUGAAGGAGGAAAAAGCCCGAGCAGGAUUCAGCAAACUGAGAAGGCGGCCUCGGUGUCGUCAGCAACAGUAUCCUGCCCUUUCUCUGACAGCAAAAUACGCGUUAUGGACACAUAAUUUCUACAGUGCUGCACCACGGACAGUUUUUGGAGCAGGCCGUGGACGUCAAACCGUGUAAAUGUGGGUGACAUUGCUGCCAAAUCCGCAUGUCAAACGAGGGAUCUAGACUAGUUUAGUUUAUUUAUUUAUUUUUCUUUCUACAUACCCCCCCUCCACCUCCACUUCUUCUUCUUCUUCUUCUUCCACCUCCUCCUCCUCCUUCCCCUGGACCCCCUUUUUUCUUUUUUCUUGCGGGAAGAUGGGUUGUUUGGGCAACAGUAAGACCGAAGACCAGAGAAAUGAGGAGAAGGCACAAAGAGAAGCAAACAAAAAGAUAGAGAAGCAGCUCCAAAAAGACAAACAGAUAUACAGAGCAACACACAGACUACUACUUUUAGGAGCUGGAGAGUCAGGAAAGAGCACCAUAGUGAAACAGAUGAGGAUCCUACAUGUGAACGGCUUCAAUGCAGAAGAGAAGAAGCAGAAAAUUCAGGACAUCAAGAAUAAUAUUAAAGAAGCUAUUGAGACCAUAGUAACUGCUAUGAGCACCCUGACACCGCCGGUGCAGUUGGCGUGCCCAGAGAACCGGUACAGGAUUGAAUACGUUCUCAACCUCGUCAACCAGAAGGACUUUGAGUUUCCAUCUGAGUUUUACGAGCAUGCAAAGACACUGUGGCAAGAUGAGGGGGUCAAGGCGUGCUUCGAGAGAUCCAAUGAGUACCAGCUAAUUGACUGUGCACAAUACUUUCUAGACAAGAUCGACAUUGUGAAACAGAGUGACUACACACCAACAGAUCAGGAUUUGCUGCGGUGCAGAGUGCUGACUUCAGGAAUCUUUGAGACAAGAUUCCAAGUGGACAAAGUGAAUUUUCAUAUGUUCGAUGUUGGCGGUCAAAGAGACGAGCGCCGGAAAUGGAUUCAGUGCUUUAAUGACGUAACGGCCAUCAUCUUCGUGGUGGCCAGUAGCAGUUACAACAUGGUGAUCAGAGAGGACAAUCAGACCAACCGUUUACAGGAGGCCCUCAACCUCUUCAAGAACAUCUGGAACAACAGGUGGCUGCGGACCAUUUCUGUCAUCUUGUUUCUAAAUAAACAAGACUUGCUAGCAGAGAAGGUGCUGGCAGGGAAGUCCAAAAUCGAGGAAUACUUUCCUGAAUUUGCUCGCUACACCACACCUGACGAUGCGACACCAGAGCCUGGAGAAGAUCCACGUGUUACAAGGGCAAAGUACUUCAUAAGAGAUGAAUUCCUGAGGAUCAGCACAGCCAGCGGGGACGGGAGGCAUUACUGUUAUCCCCACUUCACCUGCGCUGUCGAUACGGAAAACAUCCGCCGCGUCUUCAACGACUGUCGAGACAUCAUCCAGCGGAUGCACCUGCGGCAGUACGAGCUGUUGUGAUUGGAAAAGGAUGGUGUUCGGCCAAAAACACAAAAAAAAACACAUCGGACUAUGAAAAACCCUGAACUCCCCUCUUCCACAGAAGUCUGUGAGCUCUUGUGAAGGAACAGGGGCCAAAAAACACACACACAUUCACACUCACACUCACACACACUUACAGUAAACACACCCUGAACCCAGAACUUCCCCUGAUGCAAACUUCCUACCUUCAGUAGACAGAGCUAUUUUGAUGGAAGGGCUUGAGGGGAUAACACAUAAACAGACUCUAAUCUCCAGCUUCAGCCAUACUCCGAGCUCCUCAACUCACGACAUCAUAUAUCGUCCCCAUACACGUUACCUUCACCUUUCUAGGAACCCCAAGUGGCCCAGUCUGGACUGUAUUUCCCACAGUGAGGAGGCUUUGUUGAGGUCGGUAUGAAAACUACUACUUCAGCGCAACUUGGAAAGAGAGAACUGUUGAAUUACUGCAAAUAGAGACAAAAACAUGUCACAACAGAUCAGCUGAACACUGUAUCUAACAAAAAAAAAAAAACACAAGCACUGUGCUCAGGACUUGACUCAAACCGUGUACACCAAUCCUUCCUAUCAGUUACACACAUCCAUAAAUCCUACCACAGGACCUGCUUGCGCACAAAAACGUAUCACACAUCUGCUUUUUACUGGACUGCACACAACCCGGAUGGAUGGAUCCGAAAAAUGUACCAAUCUACCGACGAGUAGCAGGCUUGAUGAGCUGUCGGCACAGUGCUUUGAGAUUAAACAGACUGAAUGAAUGACUUGGCACAACCGAAGCCCCGAGGAGCAGCGUUACCACAGACUAAACGGACCAGGGGCGUGUUGUGAUCGGUCGGGCCGCGGUGGGGGUGAGGGUUCACAAAAAAAAACAAAAAAAAAAAACGAACAGAGCUGACUCCGAUGUGAAUUUCUCUGAUGGAGUCUAGACACAUUUGACAGGGACGACGACGACAGUCCCUCGACUUCUCCACAGAAACUGUUUUACCACAUGACUUUGCCUCGUUGGUAGUGGAGCAAAACGUGAGGAGGAUAUAUUGAGUUUAAAAUAAAAAGAAACAAAAAAAAAAGCCAACUUUUAUGGAACUUAACUAACGGAGGGCAAAAAGCAUCCUUCAACAGUACAGUACCAUAUAAGUUAAAGAGAACUCA